UGUUUCAAGGCUGCAUGCUGGAGCCAUCAAAACCGUUCAAAACGGUCAUAAGGCGCAAUCAUCUCGCAGUUGUUUGACGCAAACAUGGGGCCCGUUCAAAUUCCCUCUUUGACCUUCGAGAACGGCUACAAAAUACCCGUUAUUGGUCUCGGAACGUGGAAGUCCAAACCGGGAGAAGUGGAGAGAGCAGUCCAGGAUGCCAUUGACGCUGGUUACAGGCAUCUAGACUGCGCCUGCGUAUACGGAAACGAAUCCGAAGUGGGACACGGCAUCAGGUACAAGAUUGACGAAGGAGUCGUGCAGAGGGAGGACCUCUUCGUCACCAGCAAACUAUGGAAUACAUUCCACCGACCAGAACUGGUGGUAUCUGCUUGCAGGGAAUCGCUCAGACUCUUAGGCCUUGAGUAUCUGGACCUGUACCUCAUGCAUUGGCCUUUUGCUUUCAAGGAGGACGGGGACCUGAUGCCCACUGACUCUGAUGGGAACAUUGUGCUGAGCGAUGUGGACUACCUGGACACGUGGCGGCAAAUGGAGAAGUGUGUGCACCUGGGUCUGACCCGCAGUAUUGGCCUGUCCAACUUCAACAGUCAGCAGAUAGACCGAGUGCUGGCUAACGCCACCAUCAAGCCCGUCAACCUGCAGGUCGAGUGCAAUCCAUACCUUACGCAGAAGAAGCUGAUCAACUUCUGCAAGUCACGAGGUAUCACAGUCACUGGCUACAGCCCCAUGGGCUCUCCUGACAGCCCAUAUUUCAAGGUGGGCAUGCCCCGGCUGCUGGAAGACCCUAAGUUGAAAGAAGUGGCUCAACUUGUUGGCAAGUCCGUGGGACAGGUGGUCCUGAGAUACUUGGUGCAGCGAGGACUCGUAACGGUUCCAAAGUCUGUCACCAAAUCCCGGAUUCAAGAAAACAUUAAUAUUUUCAACUUCGAGCUCAGUGAAGCUGAUAUGAAUUAUAUUGAUUCUUUUAACCAGAACCUUCGGAUAUGCCACAGAGAUCAUGCCAAAGGUCACAAAUACUAUCCUUUCAACGCCGAAUUCUGAUAACGAGAAAACUACAUUACUUUGAAGCCGAAGAUAAACCAGGAAGAAAAUGAAGUCGACAUGAGAAUUCAAGCUUUUGAAUGGUUCAAGCAGCAAUUCUUAAACUUUUUCUUCUACUUUCUAAGGAUGGAUUCAAUUCAGUGUUUGCUUCUCUCUCCCCUUGUGUUCCUCCUCCUUCUCUUCCCUCUUAUAUUCCCCUGUUUCAUUUUCUUCUCAUAUUCCUUCACCAUCGACUCUCACCUCGUUCUUCUUUUUCAUAAGUAAAAAUUAUGCUUCAUUCUCCAGAAAUAAAUAUCAAACUAACUAAGG